AUGAUGAAGAUCCCUGCAGUACUCACUCUGGCUCUGCUGAGCUUGACUCUUUGUACUGAUGGAAAGGUUACUCGGUGCAGCCUGGCAGGUUUCUGGAAGAAUGAUCUUGGCUCUAACAUGACCAUUGAUAUCUUUGAAAAUGGAACGUUUAUAGGCAAAUAUCUGACAGCUGUAUCUACCACUAAUAAAACAAUUUUGCAAUCGCCUCUGGUUGGGUAUCAGCAACCUACUGAUGUUCCAUUGUUUGGAUUUACAGUGAGGUGGUCUUUUAUAAAUUCGAUCACAGUAUUCACAGGUCAGUGUUUCUUGGAUGAGUCUGGGCAGCAGGUUCUUUAUACCACAUGGCUGCUGAGGUCAGAGGCUCAGAAUCUUCAGGAUAACUGGUCGCAAACAAGGUAUGGAUGCAUGGUGACAUAG